UCAACUAUAAUGACUGUAGUAUGUUAGUAUUGCUGAAAUCGCGCCGCGGAGCGAUCGUGCGUCCUAAUUAACAUUUAUCUCAAAACUUUAAUAAUAACGUCUCGUGAUUUGCAACUGAAACUUUGAAAACAAAUAGACUGACAACUCCCGUACUUAUACUGCGCCUUUUUUUAUUGUUGUGUGAUAAAAAUGUCUGAAAAUCUAGUCAAUAACAAUGUGGGAUCGCCCAAAGAGCAACACAAGGUCCCGAAAGCUGUGGAUCUGAAUGACAUAGAGCUGGUGUUUGGCACUCCCGUCUCUCCAAAGAGAAGUCCUCAACCAGAUGUGCAUCUUAUCACCAAUGAGAAGAACCAUGGCAAAGAUACACACUCUCUCAACAACAACACCAAGCAUGUCGACAGCGACGCGGAGGCGACGCCCUCCUCGCAGCCCCUCCUGGAGCCAGACAAGGGACGGAACAAACCACCUCUCGCUGGUCCAGAAAUAGACGACCUGGACGAUGAGCACCACCCCGACCUCGCUCCCUACCCCGGCAUCGACGACGGCCUGCUGGAACCCAACGGCAAAACCCCGGGGCUCGAUGAAGGCGACGAGAAGCACGAGGACGGCGGCUCGCGCGGCACGGACCCUGCGCGCGAGGACGGCGCGGGCGGCGGAGGCACGGAAGACGGUAAAUGGCCCUGGUCGUCCACCGACGAAGCGGACGGAUACCCAGGCUACGAUGGAUUCAGCGGCCUCGGACCAAGAUUCGGAGUCGAUGACAGACCAGGCUCGCCCAUGAUACCUGGGUCGAUCCCAGACGUGAACACGUACCAACAGAAAAAAAACCUCGCACAGGGCAUGAUGGACCUGGCACUGCUCUCAGCUAACGCGAACCAGCUGCGCUACGUGCUGGAGUCGUCCAGCGCGCAUCCCUACUACUACCCCAGCCUUACUUUUAUCUCUCUUAGCAUCAUAUUCCAGAUAGCAGUGGGCAUAGGUCUUAUAAUGAACAGCCGAUACAACGUCAAAGACGAUAAGGAUAUCUGCAAAGCGGACAAGAUUAACAACAUGACUGUGCUAGGCGUGUUCCUCGUCACCAUCAUCAACGUGUUCAUAACCUCCUUCAGCGUGGCCACGCCUAACGCACCUGUAGCCCCCGGGGGACAGAUUAUACAGCAAGCGGGGUAGAGCCGUAUAGCGAACAUGACCGUGCUAGGCGUGUUCCUCGUCACCAUCAUCAACGUGUUCAUAACCUCCUUCAGCGUGGCCACGCCUAACGCACCUGUAGCCCCCGGGGGACAGAUUAUACAGCAAGCGGGGUAGAGCAGUAUAGCGAACAUGACCGUGCUAGGCGUGUUCCUCGUCACCAUCAUCAACGUGUUCAUCACCUCCUUCAGCGUGGCCACGCCUAACGCACCUGUAGCCCCCGGGGGACAGAUUAUACAGCAAGCGGGGUAGAGCAGUAUAGCG